AUGGAUAGAAGUAGAGAGGCUGGAGAGCAAGGGGGAGUUGCUGGUGGAGGAGUGGGGACUCACCAACCAGCCAACCCUACGCUACCCUCAACUUCUAUACCAUCUCCUAAAACCAUGGAUCUUGUGAAGGCUUUCUCUAUUGAGAAAUUCAUGGGGGAGGACUACGAGCACUGGAGCUUCCGCAUAAGGCUGAUGUAUACCCAAUACAAGCUAUUGGAUCUGGUGAAGGGGAAGGAGAAGAUGCCAGAGGCCGCGGAGCUGAAUGGAGCAUGGAUAAAGCGGUCAUUCGACCCGUACAUGCUCAUGAUUGUGAUACGGCUGCCGGAGUUGUGGUCUGCCCUUGCCAUCAACCUCAACUCCCAACAACCCCAAUGGAGCGUGGAUUACAUUCGCGCGCGCAUCCUAGAGGAGGACUUGCUGCGGCAGAGUGUGGAGCGCUGGGAGGAAGGGGCUGAUUAUGGAGUUGGAGGUGGAAAGAGUGGCUUCAAGAAGAAGUGGAAGGGCAAAAACAAGGACAACCCUAAGGAGGAUGGCGGCGGGGGUCAAGGGGAGGUGUGCUUCUACUGCAAGAAGCGCGGACAUCGUUGGCAAAAGUGCUACCAACGACCCAAGGAUUGGACCCCGCCUUCAUCAAGCAACCAGCGUGGUGGCAUGAGGAGUGGGGGAGUCAUGGGAGCUAAUGGCGAGGAUAAGGAGGAGGAGAAAAGCGGCAAAUCUGAGGAGCGGAAGGCCGGGUUCUUCUUCGUGAACGAAGCUCUUGGCACAUGA